CCCCUGCCACUGUUGCUGCUGCAAGGGCAGGAGAAAGAACGUGGAUGGCAGGGCCCUGCGGAGGCACCGUGGGUCUGUGGGGCUCAGUGAACACUGGCAUGUCAGCCUUCAGGGAGGUGGAAUUCACAAGCUCACACACGUGCAAGGAGGUGGAAGAUGUCAACCUGUGGGGAACUGUCCGAGUGAUCAAGGUGUUCCUGCCCCACAUUCACAGCCACAAAGGUCCUGAGGGCAUCGGCAUGGCUGCAGGCAGGGAGAAGCUUCACAACGCAACAGGGAAAACCAUCGCUAGCUCAAGGCUGUACAGGCAGGAGUCGGCCUGCAAUAGGAGCACCUGACAGAGCUACAGGAAGUCACUUUGUGUAACUCCUGUCGCUGAGGGGCCCGAGCUACAGGGAGGCUGAUAAAUGCGGUUAUAACAAUAUCUGUGCAUAGAGCCAUUUUAAAUGUGUCCCCGCCCAGCCGAACAUGCCAGGCAGGCAAUAAGUAUGAGGAAAUCUGAGGGACUCGUGGAAGCAGGCGGCCAUUGGCGGAUGCAAGCCCAGCCUCCUACUCUGGGAAGGGAGACACACCCGCAGUGGGAACCUGGGGUGAUUCUUGUUCUGAUAAAUAUACUCCAGCUGCCCUAGAAUAAGAAUCUGCCCUGUCAAGUCUGCAUGCGGCUCUACCUGUUCCGUUGCCAUGGCGCGCGUCCGGGGGUGGACAAUGGAGCAGGUACAGGUGUGCCGCUCUGCUCUGCCUGGCUCUCGGU